GUUAAACAAGAUGAGCUUGAAAAAUAUCAAAAAAACUGCAGUCAGCAACUUUUGGUUUGGAGCAUAUCUUUAGAGAAAUGGGACAGAUCUAUGAAGCUCAUCAAGCUCUGAAGAAACAACCAAACAGUGGGCAGACCAACUGGUCCAAAUACCCUAAACUGGCCGCGGAUCUGAUGAUAUCAGGACGCCCUAUGGAGCUGAUGGAUGGAGAUGCAGGUCAUGUGCCUUUGAUGUGGAUCUCUAGUGUUUUAGAAGAAGUCAUCAAGAAACUGGGCGACCAGAGAGUUUUUGUGUUGUCGGUUCUGGGCGUACAAAGCAGUGGAAAAUCAACAAUGCUGAAUGCCAUGUUUGGGUUGCAGUUUGCAGUUAGUGCUGGUAGAUGCACCAAGGGAGCUUUCAUGCAGCUGGUCAAAGUGUCAGAGGAAAUACAGAAAGAUUUCAGGUUUGACUAUGUUCUCGUAGUGGACACUGAAGGACUACGUGCUCUUGAAUUGGCAGGCGACGCCACUCUUCACCACGACAACGCACUGGCCACAUUUGUUGUUGGCCUGGGAAACAUGACACUGAUCAACAUCUUUGGUGAGAAUCCAGCUGAAAUGCAAGAUGUCCUGCAGAUUGUUGUCCAGGCUUUCAUGAGGAUGAAGAAAGUUAAGCUUUCUCCGAGUUGUGUGUUUGUUCACCAGAAUGUUACAGACAUUGGAGCUGCAGAGAAAAACAUGGAUGGAAAGAGACGCCUGCAAGAAAAACUGGACCAGAUGGCUGAGCUAGCUGCCAAAGAGGAGGUGUGUGAUGUUGAGUGCUUCAGUGACAUCAUUGCAUUUGAUGUGCAACAAGAUGUGAAAUACUUUGCCCAGCUAUGGGAAGGAAGUCCACCAAUGGCUCCCCCAAAUCCUGGUUACAGUGAGAGUGUCCAAGAACUGAAGAGGAUGAUCCUCACUAAGGCUUCACAGUCUGCUGGAAUCCCUCUCUCACAUUUUAAAAGCAAAAUUCAAGACCUGUGGAAUGCCCUGAUGAACGAACAGUUUGUUUUCAGCUUCAAAAACACGCUUGAAAUUGCAGCAUACAGAAAGCUUGAGGUCCAAUAUGGGAACUGGACCUGGGACCUUAGGAGCAACAUGCUGACCAUUGAAAACCAACUUUACACCAGGAUUGAAAAUGGAAAACUUGACAAGGUUGACCGUACUUACCUUCUGAAAGAAAUGAGCAAAACAUAUGAAAAAAUCAAGACAGACAUAACGUUGUACUUUGAGGACAACAGAGACAAAGACAUGUUGGUUCAGUGGCGAGGCCGAUUUGAAAUCAAAAUCAAGGAGUUUCAUGAGGAUCAGGUGAAAGAAGUGAAAAGGAAACUGGAUGAAGUUAUCCAGCAAAAGAAAGCUUGUAAAAAGCUUGAUGAUAAGAAGCCAGAGUUUGAGAACAAACUGCUACAAAAGAGCAAAGAGCUCGCUCAUCAGUUAAAAGACAAGGCAAAAGAUGAAGAGGAGCUUCAAAAGCAGUUCAACUCUGUUUGGACUGGCUGGGUCAGUGAAUUAACUGAAGAUAUAAAACCCAUUAAGGACAUAAACUUGGAAGAAGAUAAAAUGUUCAUCAUUCAGGAGCUGGGGAUUGAACAUCCUCUCAUAGAGGAAUCAAACAACAGUGGAAGAUACAAAAAUGUAUCAAAAGUUGGGAAUUACUGUUCUUAUGUAACUCAUAAAAUCAAACAAGGGUUCAAAGCUGUAGUGGACUACGCUCGACAAAAAGUUAUAGGAACACAACAAAAUAUUCUUCCUCAUGAAGAACAGGAAAUGAUUAGAACCUUCAUUAACAACAUUUGCCAACAGUCCCUUGAUGCCAUUAAGACCAAGCCUGUAGCAACAAGAGGCUACAGCCCAAUUUACCUACAAGAAGUGGCCAAAAAUGUUCAAGAAAAAGUGACACAAUUUGAAUCAGAGAGGAACUAUUCAUUCAAAAAGGAGUUUACAGUUGAUGUCUUGUUGUAUGUUGUUGAAGUGUUGGGGAGUUGGCUUUCAGUUUCUCACAAAACAUUUAAAAAGAACAAUGAUGCCCUCACUUACCUGAACAACAAUAAACCACAAUAUUACAAUGUUUUCAGAAGCUUCUGCAAAGGAAACUCAUCUGCUGCCGUGUUUGGAGAAAUGAUCUGUGACAAAUUGAAGGUUUCCACUGUUGAGACUGUCUGUAACAAGACCGCCAUUGAUCUCGCUGGAGAGAUGAGGUGCAGUUUCCCAGCAUUCAGUGGGAACAGGUUGGACUUGGAGAAACAUCUGCUGAAAUCACUUGCAGAGAAAGAAGAUUUUGAUGAUUUCAUCAACUACAUCCGACAUCCAAGGAAGCAAUUAGAGGCUUUUAUAAAAGCAGAAGUAGAAAAAUACAUCUUCAGAGAACACAGUGGUAAAGCACAGAAUAUACUGGAGAAAAAUGUUGAUGACAUCAGUCACCGUGUGAGACAAGCUUUAUUUGAAGCAACAAAAAAAGUCAAAACCCAGGGAGGAGGCACAGAGAUGUGGGUGAAGGAAUUUUCCUCUUUCCUCAAGGAUGAGCUGCCACUUGUUACCAUUUGUUGUGAAAACUUCAGUGAUAUAAACAACUUUGACUUUCUUAAAGAAGAGAUAGAGAAAGGUCUGGUUAACAUCAUUGAGGAGAUGAAGCACCUCUCCCUGGAAAAGAUGAAGGAAUUCAGACUGAGACCUGAUGAAAUCCUCAUUGAUCAGCUGUGUAAGUGCUGCUGGGAAACGUGUCCAUUCUGUGGAGCAGUUUGCACCAACACCCUGGAAGACCACAGUCCUGAGGACCACAGUGUCCCUUUUCACCGGUCUGAUGCAGUCAAAGGAUGGCACUACCUGUUUGCAGGCGUGAUGAGUGUUGAUUUCUGCACAACAAAUGUUGCAAGUGAUAUGAGAUUUUACUCCAGUGAAAUUGGAAACUUCAUUCCUUACAAAGAGUACAGAAAAGCUGGACCAAGGUUUGCUAACUGGAGAAUCACCCCUGAUGAGUCAAAGCUGAAAUACUGGACAUGGUUUGUGUGUCGAUUUCAAAAAGACCUGGAAGACUACUAUGGUUAUAAAUUUGAGGGCAAAGGGGAAAUUCCCAGCGAGUGGAGAACACACACAAAAGAAGAAGCAAUUAAAAGUCUGGAUGAAAUGUGAGUGAGUGGAAACAAUUGUUUUCUGUGAUUUUUCACAAAGUAAAAUCUUCUAAAAUGAUGCCUCAGUGAAAAGAAAACUUAUCAGGGGAGUACCCACAAAUAUGCGACGUCAACAUCAAACCACUAUGUCAAAGUUGUUCAGCUAGAAUUUACAGAAAUAAAACAAUAUAUUUUUGUUAAGUUCAGUAAAGUGGUUAAAUGUCAGGGUAUUAUAUUUGAUUAAAUCUUAAUAUUUGGAUUUAGUUGUUUUUUGUCUAGACAUCAUUGCCAAAAUUAAAAUUUGAUUGAAGGAAAAUUAUAUUUUUAAUCUGUUUGGUUAAGUAGUUAAAAUCAA